AUGGAAGCAGGGGGAGCUGCCGCGGACGAUGUGAAGACGGUGGCGGUGGUGGAAGUUGAUCCAUCGGCGCAGGCGGUUGGAGGGGAAAGCGGUGCUGGAGGGUCGGCGGUCGCUGCGAGGACCACCGCCGUGGAGUCCUCCGUCAUCGGGUCGGUGGUCGUCGGCACGGUGGUGGCGGCAACGACCGAUCUGGAUGCGGGCGAAUCUGCUACAGGGGGAGGCGAUGGCGUUGCGGAAGCAUCCAGCAUCGCAUGCGGUGAUGCUGCCGCAGCCGUCAAGGUGGCGGCGGAUCUUGUGGAGGAGGCUUCAUCCUCCGCGGCGGUGAAGACGGUGGCGGAUCUGGUGGCUGCGCCGGCUGCCGGCGACGUCAGUGAGGUGCAGGCGGACAUGCAGAUGGAGGUUGGUGAAGGGUCGAGGAAGCGGAAGCGCGAGGAGGAGGAGCCUGUGCCUCCUCCAAUCCAGGAGGAGCUAGAACCUGUCCCUCCUCCAAUCCAGGAGGAGCUAGAACUUGUCCCUCCUCCAAUCCAGGAGGAAGUACCUGUCCCUCCUCCAAUCCAGGAGGUGCCUGCUCCAGGUAUGCCUGCUCCAACAUUGGCUGCUCCACCUGUCCCUGUUCCAUAUGCGGAGUUGGAGGAGUCAGAUGGCUCCCUUGAGUAUGACUCCCAGGAUUCAUCCGAGUCCGUGGACAGCAGGAACAUAGGUUCCUUCAAGAGGAAGCUACUGCAGAAGCUGGAUGCUGGGGACCUCCCUUUCAAGAAGAGGGGGAAGUACUUCUGUCCAUGGCACAAGAUGAAGCCUAAGGGUGGCAUGCUUCGGAACCUGAGGCAGCACUGCGAGGAGCUAGCCCAUACUGGCAGCUCGAAGCAGAUAAGGGCAGAGCAUCAAGGGCUGCUGAUGGUGCUUGCUAUGGAGGAUGCUGACUAGUUCCUGUGGACUGCUGAUGAUGCAUGCUAUGGAAGAUGUGCUAGCUUUGCUUUUGGUUAAUGAUGUUUGAA